GGGAGCUGUUCUUUAGCAAGCUGUGACUGAUUCCUCGGUGUCCUUGCUGUUGUCUACAGUCCAACUCAGAAGCGACUACCAGGUCCAGCUCAUCAUGAUCUAGGGAUUCGUGCCCAGUCACAAAGCGAGAAAAAUAUUCAGGAAAAUCUGGAGGAUACUGAGAUCUGAAAGAAAUUACUGGACCUUAGCCAUGAUUGUUUACUCUUUACAACCAACUAUCGCUGUUCUGGCCCUACUCAUUAUGCAUGUCAGUGCUCUGAAGACUUUCAUAGCUGCCGUAUAUGAACAUGCUGUCCUAUUGCCAAACAAUACCCAAACACCUGUUUCUCAGAAUGAUGCAUUGCUCCUUAUGAACAAAAAUAUAGACAUUCUGGAGAAAGCAAUUCAUCAGGCCGCUGAGCAGCAUGCUCGAAUCAUUGUGACUCCAGAAGAUGCACUAUAUGGAUGGAAAUUUACCAGGGAGACCAUUUUCCCGUAUCUGGAGGACAUCCCAGACCCUCAGGUGAACUGGACUCCAUGUCAGGAACCCCAGAGAUUUGGUUAUGCACCAGUACAAAAAAGACUCAGCUGCUUGGCCAAGAAUAACUCUAUCUAUGUCGUGGCAAAUAUUGGGGACAAAAAGCCAUGCAAGUCCUCUGAGUCCUCAUGUCCUCCCAAUGGGUAUUACCAAUACAACACCAACGUGGUGUAUGACACAGAGGGAAAACUGGUGGCGCGCUAUCAUAAGUACCAUCUCUACUCGGAGCCACAGUUUGAUGUUCCUAAAAUGCCGGAGUUGGUGACUUUCAACACCACCUUUGGAAAGUUUGGCAUUUUCACGUGCUUUGAUAUACUCUUCCAUGAUCCUGCUGUUACUCUGGUGAAAGAUCUCCAGGUGGAUACUAUAUUGUUCCCCACAGCUUGGAUGAAUGUUUUACCCCUUUUGACAGCUAUUGCAUUUCAUUCAGCGUGGGCCAGGGGAAUGAGAGUUAAUCUUCUUGUGGCCAAUACACAUCAUACAAGCCUCAAUAUGACAGGUAGUGGAAUCUAUGCACCAGACUCUCCCAGAGUGUACCAUUAUGAUAUGAAAACCGAGCUGGGAAGGCUCCUCUUUUCAGAGGUAGAUUCGCAUCCCCGAAUGUCUCCUGUCUACCCACCUGCUGUGAAUUGGACUGCCUAUGCCAGCAGCAUUAAACCAUUUCCUGUCAAGAAAACUUUUGGGGGAUUUGUUUCCAGGGAUAAGUUCAACUUCACAGAACUACUUGAAAGUACAGGAAAUCUUACAGUGUGUCAAAAAGAGCUCUGCUGUCAUCUAAGCUACACAAUGUUAAGAAAAGAAGAGAAUGAAGUGUAUGUUCUUGGAGCUUUUGCAGGACUUCAUGGCCGAAGGAAAAGGGAAUACUGGCAGGUAUGUACCAUGCUGAAAUGCAAAACUCUGAAUUCAAUAACUUGUGGAAAGCCAGUAGAAACUGCUUUGACACGUUUUGAAAUGUUCUCCUUAAGUGGCACAUUUGGCACAGAGUAUGUUUUUCCUGAAGUGCUCCUUACUGAGAUUCAUCUGUCACCUGGAAAAUUCGAGGUAUUAAAAGAUGGGCGUUUGGUAAACAAGAAUGGAUCAUCCCAGCCCAUAUUAACACUGUCACUGUUUGGAAGAUGGUACGCUAAGGAUUCACUUUCCGUCUCAGGGGGAAAGAGCAAUUCAGCAAAUACUUACCUCCUACUAUCUAUAGUUUUAAUGAUUACAGCUUUGCAAAGCACUGCAAUAGUCGAUGACACCUCUUUAUCACAUUAUAUUUUGCAUCGUGUAUUUUACUGAUUGUGCUUACUGAUUGUAUUUACUGAGCUUUCCAAGCUUUUAAGAGAAAUUUUGAAAGAAAAUUUGAAAGGCAUUCUGACUAGUAUAGACCAGUAAUUUCUCAAUACAUAUAUAUUUCUCAUGAAGAAUUAUUAAAAUAUGGUAA